GUGGGGAGCAUAUGCAUUUUUAUCAUAUCUAAAACAACAAAACGUCCUCCUACAAAGAUACAAGGGCAGGUGUCUCAGUGGGAGUGAUGCACGCAAACGUGGGAAACUCUUCUCACAUUCCCAGAAAUGAUACUUACAGCUUGGCUCUGGGAUCCGAGUCUACAAUCAUGCUGCAGUGGCUCUUGGUUCUGGCUUUGCAAUGUGGCUUUACAUGCACCUCACACCAGUCUUUACUUCAGAAGAGGCAAUGUGUUUUCCAAGUCAGUCACAAAAAUAUCCGCAGAUACACUGCAGCUGGGAAUGUGAGUGGGUCCGUCCAGGUCUGUGAGAACAGCACCUGCUGUUUGGGCAUUUUCCGGAACAUAACUGGCGAACUAAAGGUUGAAACCCUAGCCUGUAAUGUGGUAGAGAAGUCUUGUCCAGAUCCAACCUGCAAGAAACUUCGAAACUUCAUCACAUGUGUGUGCAACUCAGACCUCUGCAACGGCAACAUAACGCUGACUCCAAAAUCAGAGGAUCCUCCACACACCAUCUCCUAUUCUGCAGGUGUAACAGCAGUCAUGGUUGUGGCAGUCAUUUUGCCAGUCGCUGGAUUUGCACUUACUGCCAUCAAAUGGAGAAGCAUCCGUAAAGAGAAAAAGGGGGAUCUACAGUCCUCUUUUCAUGAUGACCCUCUGCAGCCACUUUCUUCCCGUGAGGCAAAAACAGAGAAUUACAUAACUGACAUUGAAAUACAACAGGUUGUGGGCGAAGGGCAUUUUGCCACUGUUUUUCAAGGGAAGUACCAAGACUCCAAAGUGGCAGUGAAAGUCUACCCUGCAGGCUGGAAACAAAAAUUUACCACAGAAAAGGAGGUUUAUGAGCUUCCUCUGAUGAGACAUGGUGGGAUUAUCCACUUCUUGGGCACCGGGUGGAAAUCAGACGAUGGCAGCUGGUUCAUUGUGCUGCGAUAUGCAGAAUAUGGUUCUCUCCAUUCCUUUCUGCAUAAACAUACCACCAGCUGGAUCCAAACACUGAAGCUGUGCCAGUCCUUAUCACAGGGACUUUCCUAUCUACACUCUGACCUCCACAGCCAUGAUGUGCACAAACCACCAGUGGCCCACCGAGACCUCAGCAGCUCCAACGUGCUGAUCAAAGCAGACGGUACCUGUGCGCUCUGUGAUUUUGGAUGUUCCACCAUCCUGCGUUCUUGUUCUGAUGGUGAUUUUUGGCAGCACCACAUCCAAAACAUGAAGGAUCAUGCACAGUUUGGCACAUUGAACUACAUGUCCCCUGAGAUCCUGGAGGGCUCUGUAAACCUGAGAAGCCACUUAUUCCUCAUGCAAGGGGACAUAUAUUCCUUGAGUCUGGUGCUGUGGGAGAUUUGGAUGCGCUGCUCAGAUUUAUUUGAAGGUGCAAUUGUUCCACAGCAUCUAUUACCUUAUGAACUGGAGCUGGAUGCAAAUGCAACAAGGGAAAGGUUAAUUCUUUAUGUGUCUAAGAUGGACAAGAGACCCUCCAUACCUGAACACUGGGACAGGCUUCCACAGGGGCCCGUGCUGAAGGAGCUCCUGACAGACUGCUGGGAUCUUGAUAUGGAUGCCCGACUGACCGCUCCAUGUGUUGUGGACAGAUUAAUGUCUCUUAAGUCCUCUUACUUUCCAUGACUUCUUUUUGUCCUGCUCUUUGGCUGUAUAUUCACAUAAUAGUUUCAGUUAACUAUUUUUGUUUCACUUCACUUGUAAUGUAGCUUCUAAUUUCAAUCCCCAUUAAAGUCUGUUUUC